UACAAAUGGCUGACGACGGACCAGAAGAUAUUAGUUGUGUUGUUUUCUGUGUAUACAAAUACUUAUUGUCUUUAAUUCAUCCAAUAGUUUGUGGAAGAGUAUGUUGACGAUCAAUGAAAGUAAUUCCACGUGUGUUUCAAUUGAAAUCAGAUCUGUCAUGGCACCAGAAUGAAGAUUUCAUGUUUACAUUUGUUAGCUUUGCCAACUCCCAAACCGUCAAGUUGCAACCAAAUUUAGAUCUCAGGCUAUGCUAUAAUCACUUUGCACCACAACCAAGAUUCCAUAUUAUAGCUACCAGCAAACUGGCAGCACGCAAUGCAGCAUGAAAAGUGGUGCAGCAUUAGAUGUAAUGUGCCCAUACUGCUAGAAGCAUGAGGCACUAGGUCUGAUAUCUGGCUCCUCGAGUCCAUAACAACAUAACAUUCAACAUGGGCAUGUGUUGUAGUCGCCCUGACACCACUGGACCAACAGUUUACCAUCCAGGAUACAAGAUACCAGAUGGAUCAGAUAACGGGACGCAAGGAAGUAAUGGUGAUCCUAGAUAUACACCUGACCCAAACAGGCCAGGUGGACAAGUCAAAAGGCCAGGAGCUGACAUCAUUCGCACACCAACUGCACCAUUAGCUAUUCCAAGAGCAAGGACUAGGAGCAGUUCUGAGUCAAGGUCACCUUCUUUCAGAGAUAAGGAGCACACAAAAGACCAUCCAGGUGCAUCAAGACGUAUUGUGGUUGCUGUCUAUGAUUAUCAGGCAAGAGAAGUAGCAGAUGUUUCAUUCAUGAAGGGGGAUCACAUGGAAGUCCUUGAUGACAGUGAGCCAGAUUGGUGGAAAGUCAGAAAUCUAAGGACUGGACAUGAAGGUUUAAUUCCAUGGAAUUUUGUCGCCGAAGAGAAGUCAAUUGAAAGUGAAGAUUGGUUCUUUGGCAAAAUAUUGAGGAAGGAAGCAGAGAAACUUCUGAUGGAUGAUGAAAAUAUUCGUGGAACGUUCCUUGUGCGCUACAGUGAACAUAAUCCUAAUGGAUUUUCAUUAAGUGUUAAAGAUUGGGAAGAAACCAGGGGUUAUCAUGUCAAACAUUAUAAAAUAAAACCACUGGACAAUGGCGGUUUUUAUAUAGCCACAAACCAGACAUUUCCAACUCUUCAGUCUCUGGUUAUGGCAUAUUCAAAAAAUGCCCUUGGUCUUUGUCAUGUGUUAGCAAAACCAUGUCCUAAACCAAGACCUCAAAUAUGGGAUUUAUCUCCAGACUUAAGGGACCAGUGGGAAAUUGAUCGAUCAGAAAUCCAGCUUAUUAAAAAGCUUGGACGUGGUAACUUUGGAGAAGUGUGGUAUGGUAAGUGGCGUAAUGCAAUUGAAGUUGCUGUGAAAACGUUGCGCCCAGGAACAAUGUCAACAGGUGCUUUUCUGCAAGAAGCUGCUAUAAUGAAGAAAUUUAGGCAUGAUCGUCUUGUGGCUUUAUAUGCAGUAUGUUCUCGUGAAGAACCUGUUUAUAUUGUACAGGAAUAUAUGUGCAAUGGAAGCCUCUUAGAUUUUCUUCGUAAUGGCCCAGGUAGAAAACUUCCAUUUGGUGAUCUUAUCUACAUAGCUGCACAGGUGGCAAGUGGAAUGAAGUACCUGGAAGCAAAACAGCUUAUUCAUAGAGAUCUUGCUGCAAGAAAUGUUUUGAUAGGAGAAAACAACAUAGCCAAAAUAUGUGAUUUUGGAUUAGCACGUGUGAUAGAAGAUGAUGAAUAUUGCCCUAAACAAGGCUCUAGAUUUCCUGUUAAGUGGACUGCACCAGAAGCUAUAAUCUAUGGAAAGUUCUCUAUUAAAUCUGAUGUAUGGUCAUAUGGGAUUCUUCUGAUGGAACUUUUUACAUACGGCCAGGUGCCUUAUCCAGGCAUGCAUGGUCGGGAAGUGAUCGAACAUGUGGAAAGAGGUUAUAGAAUGCCCAAUCCCGAUAAUUAUCCCAUCCCUGAAGCUAUCUACAGACUAAUGAGACAGUGUUGGGAUGCUGAUCCAGAGAAAAGGCCAACAUUUGAAUUUUUAAAUCACUAUUUUGAAGACUUUACUGUGACUUCAGAGAUACCUUAUAGGGAAGUGGUAGACUAAUAAGUUUGGUGCCAGUUGCAGAAACUAGAAACUACAUUCACACGAACACUCUGUGUGUGUGUGUGUGUGUGUGUGUGUGUGUGUGUGUGUUUUGUGAUGAAUGAAAAGUAAUCUGAUUAGUGUGUGUCAUAAUAAUAGUGGAUAAAGAGUAUUGUGCUCAAUGUUUUAUUUGCAAAGUUAUUCUUCUUCAGCUCCUGAAGGAAAUUAGUGUGUUACUAAAGUAGAUGUUACUUGGAUUACAAAGGUUGGACAGUAAUUUGUAAUAAUAUAUUUUAUUCAGAUAACAUACAGUCUACUUUUGUAUACACAGGCCAAUAAUGUUAGGCCAAAUUAAUUGAAAUGAGGGGAAAAAGCAAUGUAUAUACAAGGCUCUUCCAAAGACUUGAUUGCUUUUGAUAAAUACGUGUAAAUUAAGCUCUAUAAAUGGCACAAUCUGUGUGUUUCUCAAAGCUCUCUCUAAAUUUUCUAUAAAAUUUUUAAAUAAAUAUGUGGUAUGUGUCACAACCAAUGUUCUUUAAGAGGAAUUCUUGCAGAUUUAAAAGACAGCAGUUUUAUUAUUAUAGUUCUAAAAUGCUUAUAAGAGCAUAAUUGAAGAUUAAAUUGUUGGCAAGUAAAAUUUAAUAUCGUGCUCCUAUUGUAUUCACUUUGCAUUUACUACUUGUGUGCUUAGUCAAUUUAGUACUGUGCUGCAUGUAUGUGAUAUUAGUUUUUGUUGUUUGUACAUUGAUGUUUGUGAAAUAUGCUCGCAUUAAUAUAUUUAUUAAUUGAUGUGCGAAGUGACUGUGUUAGGGAAAGAGACUCUGUAUGGAAAUAAUUAAAGUUUUGUUCUCUUUUUACAUUGAAAUUCAUGAAUUGUAGUAAGAAAGAACCUCAGGUUAAUCACGUAAUUGUUUUAAAAGUCAUGAGCACAGAUUUGAUUGUUCAUUAACCAGAAAACUGCUCAGAAGGAAUUGACUGGUAGUAUUUUUGCACUUUUCAUAAAACUGUGCAAAUUUGUGUAUAUCAAGCACAAACAGCCACCCCCUCCCCGUUCUUCCAAGUCUUUUGUGAGAACCAUAGUGAGAUUGGGUUAAUACUUAUCGAUAUUUUGCCUUUCUUUUUGUACCUUUCUUAAUGUGCUGUCUUUGUUCAUACUUUUUGAGUCAAUAAUAAUAUCUGGUUAGUGUCUGUCAAGGCAUUGUUUCACUUUCUAUAUAUGAUUUUGAAGAUUUUGCAAAUUAAAACUACAAAAUUAUAAAUUUUUAUGAUACAUAUACUCACUAGCAGGCAACACCUUAAUGAUGUCACAGAGUGCAUUAAUAAGGCCACAGGAUGCGAGCAUGUUGCAUAUAUUAAUACGGCAAUAACUGUUGUAUUUUAUCCAUCCUCAGCAAAUGUAGUUGUAUAUAAUGAAAUAAUAAGUAACCAGUCACAUAAAAGAAAUUUAAUUUCUUUACUGGUUUCAAGCAAUUAGUGCCCUUCUUCAGAAGGUUAUACCUAUCCUAUUAUUUGCAAGUGUCAUCAAUAAGAUGUAUACAGCAAAAUGCCAUGGCCAUGUCGUUCAUAGUGUCUGUACAAAAUUAAGAUAAAGAAGCAAAACAACAAGUGCAGACAUCGAGCCAGAACAGGAGCUAAUCAGCUAAUAUUAUUAGGUGAGUAACUCCUGUUGUGGCUCGAUGUCUGUACUUGUUGUUUCACUUCUUUAUCUCAAUUUUGUACAGACACUAUGAACCACAUGCUGUAUGCAUUUUAUUGUUGACACUCGCAAAUAAUCGGGUAGGUAUAAUCUUCAGUAGAAGAGCACUAAGUGCCAGAAUAUAGUAAAGAAAUUAAAUUUCUUUUGUGCAAUUGGUUGCUUAUUAUUUCGUUAUCUAGUGAUAACUGAUUGUUCAGUUUUUGCAGUGUAAUCAAUAGCAGUGAGUGUACUGAUUUUGUUCACUGUUAUUCUAUUCUAUUAAUGAAUUAUGUUUUUGGAGAUUUUUCACAUCAAAACUUUUUAUUUAUAGCUAUAUUGAACUUGCCGUUCUUGUUAUGUUAUUUAUAAAAAACAAAUUUUUUACUCUUAAGUUUCUUCACUCUAGUUCCUUUGGUGUGUUGUCAACUCAAAAUGUCAAAAUGAUCUCCUUUGCUGAUUUGACAGUAUACAGUUUAUUACAAUUAUCACUGAGAUACAAUUUCCACCCAUUUUGUAAAUGAUCUUGCAUCUGUUACCAAUUGUAUCUGAACGAUGAGGAGCUCCUGACAUUUCUUGUACUUAAUAAGCUGGAAAUAUAUUUUGCAUUUAUUGUUAUCAACAAGAUACUAAAUUAUUUUUGAAACUCAAAUUCUGACAUGUAAGACAUCAUGUAACAAAUUAUAUUUGCUUACUCACUUAAAUUAAGAAAUGCCAUAUUAUAUGUUUGUAUGAAACAUUCUGUUAUUUUAACUACCAUUAAUUAUCAUUGUUGUCUUGCUAUGUUUUGGUUUUUCUUAAAUUUUUUAUGUAUAAAAACGUUUUUUUAAAUUUCUUUUUGUUAUAUUUGAGUCCAUCCACAGCCCUCAAGCAUUGAUUAAAAGUCAUGGUCCUUCUGAAGUUGUGUAUUAUCUGAUUAAUAUGCCUUAUUCAUCAUUAUUUGACAGUUUAACCCUAAAAGUCAUUCUAAAGUGUAUCUAGUAAGCGUAACAAUAUUAGGACAUGAACAAUGAAGGUUAUGCCGGCCGUUGUAGCCGAGCGGUUCUAGGCGCUUCAGUCUGGAACCGCACUGCUACUACGGUCGCAGGUUCGAAUCCUGCCUUGGGCAUGGAUGUGUGUGAUGUCCUUAGGUUAGUUAGGUUUAGGUAGUUCUAAGUUCUAGGGGACUGAUGACCUCAGAUGUUAAAUCCCAUAGUGCUCAGAGCCAUUUGAACCAUUUUUUGAACAAUGAAGAUUAUCAACUUGCGUAGUAACAACCAAGGAAGCUGUCCUGGAACAGAAGAUGUACGAAGACAGAAGGAGAUGGCGAGCACUUGUACACCACACCCGGGAAACUGACAUUGGAUAACAACGAUGAUGAGUAACAACCAACAUGGUUACACAUUCAUUAGUAUACUGAGAGAGAGAGCUUUUGUUUCUUUUCUUGGUUUACUAAUGACUGUGUACCUAUGUUUACUGUCACUUUGGAUGUAGAUGUUUCUCCCACUUCGUGUUCUUAUAUAUGUCAGUUGUUAUGUUUGCUAGAUACACUUGAAAAUAGUUAUUAAUUUGAAAUUGGCUAAUAACUGUGAAUAAAGUAUCUUAUUCAAAUAAUACUGCCUCAUUUGAAGCAUGGUCAACUCUUUUUAUGUUUGUGUGGAAGCUGCACACUUAUACCCAGUAUACCAAUACUAAAAUUUGAUGAUGAUGAUGAUGAUGAUGAUGAUGAUACUCAUGCUCAUUAGAGAGAAAGGAGCACAGACUUGAAUACAUGUAUCUAAAAUGCUAUUUAACUGUUCACUUGAUAACUGCCAGCUUUCCAGGGUAACAAUGAGAUAGAACAAAUCGUGUAGUAGAACAUCAGAGAUUAUAUUUUGAGUAACAUCUUCUGUUAACUACUCAUAAAUUUUGGGAUGUUUUCCCCAUCUGUUCCAUAUCCAAUUUUGUUUUCUUUGAACUAUUUUUCAUUUGUAAAUGCUGAUUGCGCACAGUGAUACUUUGUCAUGAUUUAUCAGGUAUCAUUUCUAUUUCAUAAAACAGUCUUGGAAAAUUGAUAAAAAAAAAAAAUCAAACACCCUAAAAACAUUGUUGCUGCACUUCUUCCCCAAUAUUUUAUUGAUAUGGAAAGGAUAUUCUAUUUUUUAAAGAUAGGUUCCUCAAAAACUGGUACUCAGAUUAAGAAUUACGAUAUUUUCUGUGGUAUUUAAUCAAUUUUCAUAUAGUGGCUUGUUAGAAAGAUGUAAAUUGUUGGAUCAUACAGUGUUAUUGAAUUAUUCAAAUGAAUUAAAAGUAAAGAUUAAUUGGGAAAAUGACGUACCAUAAUAAAAUGUUACUAAGUUAUUUGCACAUUCAUGUCAGAACCAGUGCUGUGAUAUAAUGACCUUAAAUCAUUCACACUUACUGAGUUUGUAAGAAGGUGUACAGUGUUGUAAGUUCAUUAAAUUUACACUGUUGAAAAUCCUGAAUCGGUGGAAACCUAUUGGUUAAUUUGAGCAGUAAUUUAUCACAGGCAAAAUUUAUAUGCUCCUUAAUGUUUGAAAUUUCAUUUGCAUAGGUCUCAAGCCACUGGAUGAGCAUGUGGUUAAAUAUUUGCACAGGCUUGAUGUAACUAUAGUCUAUGCAACAAUUGUGUAGUGGGGAAUUGUUAAUCUCAUUUUUGGAGUCGAGACUCAUGCAAUUACAGUAAUACUUGUGUGUUAAUUACAGUAAUACUUGUGUGUUUAAAAUCUGUGCAAAAUUCUCAUCAUUUACAUUCUCAAAUGCCUGAGAAAAAGAACGCUCAAAGGAACAUGUUUAUAAAUUAUACCUCUCUAAUAACUUCUGUGCCUUUCAGUAAAUGGAAAAUACAAAUGAAUUCCCUGUAAAUAGUUGGAAAAUUGCUUUUGAAUUUUGAAAUACAAUGUGUAAAUGUGAUUGAAGACAAAUAACAAGAAUUUCAUGAAUCCAUUUACAACUUAGUCAUUUGUUAUGAACAACAAAAUUGUAUUUACAUUUGAUUUUCCCAAUUCUUGUGCAUCUCUUUCUCAAAUGCUGAGGUUUAGAUAAUUAUGUAAACCAGUCUGUAGAGAUGAUAUUUAGGUAGAGAUUUUGUGGACCAGUUGUGUGCCCUUUAAGGUGGAGAGUUUUAGCUCUUCUUUGGGCAAUUUUGGAAUAUUAGUAACAUGGUACUUAUUGUUAGUAACUAAACUUUAUCAAAAUACUUGCUUUGGUAAUAUUCUGAAAAUUGCUUUAGUUCAAAAAUAAAGUCUCAGAGUGUAGGAUACAAAUUUAUCUUUCUUGUUUAUUUGGCAUGUGAAGUGCACCCAGUUAUGUUCAGAGUUUGUACAUUACUUUACAUACAUGGAAAUAGUCUGGUAGCAUAUCUACAUCUACAUCCAAUACAUACUCUGCAACCCGCCAUACGGUGCGUGGAGGAGGGUACCUCGUACCGCAACUAGCAUCUUCUCUCCCUGUUCCACUCCCAAACAGAACGAAGGAAAAAUGACUGCCUAUAUGCCUCUGUACGAGCCAUAAUCUCUCUUAUCUUAUCUUUGUGGUCUUUCCACGAAAUAUAAGGUGGCGGCAGUAAAAUUGUACUGCAGUCAGCCUCAAAUGCUGGUUCUCUAAAUUUCCUCAGUAGCAAUUCAUGAAAAGAAUGCCUCCUUUCCUCCAGAGACUCCCACCCGAGUUCCUGAAGCAUUUCCGUAAACAAAUCUAGCAGCCCGCCUCUGAAUUGCUUCUAUGUCCUCCCUCAAUCCGACCUGAUAGGGAUCUCAAACACUCGAGCAGUACUCAAGAAAAGGUCGAUUAGUGUUUUAUAAGCGGUCUCCUUUACAGAUGAACAUCUUCCCAAAAUUCUACCAAUGAACCGAAGACGACUAUCCGCCUUCCCCACAACUGCCAUUACAUGCUUGUCCCACUUCAUAUCGCUCUGCAAUGUUACGCCCAAAUAUUUAAUCGACGUGACUGUGUCAAGUGCUACGCUACUAAUGGAGUAUCCAAACAUUAUGGGAUUCUUUUUCCUAUACAUCUGCAUUAAUUUACAUUUAUAUAUAUUUAGAGUUAGCUGCCAUUCUUUACACCAAUCACAAAUCCUGUCCAAGUCAUCUUGUAUCCAGAAUAUUACUGAAAUAUCUGAAAGAAUCUACAGAAUACACGCACAUAAUGAGAAGCACAUCACCAAGGUAACAAAUCCAUGUGUUUUUAAAUAUUUUACUCAUCACCAGAGUACGCCCAAUGCACCCAUCCAACAUUCCAUCCCAGGCAAAGUGUUGUAGCUGUGAAAACACUAGAUGUACAUCCUGAGUAGAGCAACUGAAAUGCCCAGCCACCAAUCAAGAUUUAGGUUUUCCUUGGUUUUGUUUGAAUUGCUUAAUGGCAAUGCUGGGAUGAUUGCUUUGUUAGGAUGUGUCCAAUUUUCUUGCCCUGUGUGAACUUUGCCCCUGUGUGUAAAGAAAUCAUCACAGACAGAACGUUAAACACAAGUCUUUCUUCCAACAAACAAAUACUAUUCUAUGAAAUUGAAUGUGUUUUGUUAACUUUGUUAAUAUUUCGUGCAUUUCAGUUUUCCAAAUUCCCAUUAAUCUCCAUUCUUGUCAGCGCGAUUCAGCUUGUUUCAUUUAUGAUAGGGAUUUUCCUCUUCUGCUGGACUAUGAGAAUUUCCACUUAGGAAGUAAGCUAGUAUUGACCUUUCGUUUGCAGAGUGGAUGUGAUGUCCAGUAUGUUACUUCAAAACUUCAGUUCUGUCACAAGUCUAUAUCUGUUAGUAGAGAAAGAAGUUUUCAGAUAUUUUCUUGUAGUGCAAAGUUCCCUUGCUUACAGAGAAGUAAAUUUCUUCUUUGGAAAGGAUAAUUUGCAAUAGGAACUGCUGUGCACCACAUACUGUAAGACCAGCACUCUUAUCCCAUGCAGUGAUAUGGCAUUAGCAGACUGUUUGAAAAUUGAAGAACUUUGUUUUAAUUAUUUGAAGUAGUACAGUGGUUUCAUGGUUAAUCAUUCAUACCUGAUGAAGGAAUGUUGUCAAAAGUUAUGUUUACGGGGCCUAGGGGACUCAGUGUUUGUCAGAAAGUGUUGUGAUUACUUUACAGAUGUGCAGUUUGUAUUAAUGUGUUUUUGCUUUGGAUAGCAAGUGUCAUAUCUGUGUUUUCAUGUAAGUGAAUCACUGAAAACAUAAGUUUGAGAAUCAGCUGGUGCUUGCAUUUCUUGUUAAAUGAUUUAGUGUAAAAUGUUAAUGGGUGCUUACAUUGUAUUACUUAAAUGUGAAUAAUUGGCAUGGUGUCAUUAUGGUUGGAUCUUGAGACUCAGAAAGUAUUCUAUUCAUGUUCUGAAACUGAAGCAACCAACUUUAUCAUUAUUACUAAUUCACUUGGCAGGGAAGUGGCUGAGCUUCACACUCACACUUAGCUUCACGCUAUUUAAUGACAUUAAGAAGUCCUCUUUGUAGUCCUAUAUAAAUUGAAUCAAUUGUAGAUGUAAUGUGUUACAUAGUAUAUUUGUCGUACAGUAUGUUCUAUGUGUUAUAAUCAGGUCAUAUUAUGAGGUACAGUGCAUCAUUUUGUUAUCAAUUUAAAUGCUAGACAUCAGUUAUGAUUUAUGCCUGGAGGUCACUGUUGUUUACAUUUGAAACUAGUAACCACUCAGUGUUGCCUUUCAGUGUGAACUGACAGGCUUGUACAAAAUGAAACUGUAGUGUCAGAAGACAGAGAAAGCAGAUGAAAAUGUGUCCAUUUUUUGUUACUCCAAUUCAUAAAAACAGUAACUUGCUAUUUAAAACAUUGUAAGUAAUGUUGCUGUGGCUGUAGCCCCAGCUUCAUUUUCAUGUCUUUCAGUUUCAAGCAAGCAGCUAUUUGUGCAGGCAUUUAGAAACUGUAUGCCACAACUUUUCCAUUAAAAUAUACUUUUUUCAUUUUACUAUUUCUUUAUUUAUACAGUUAUUUGUAAUUUACAUUACAUGCAAAAAAUAUUUUGCAGGAUUUAUUGGUACUUAAAAAUGUUGGUGUGUAGUCUUUGAACAAUUGUUCUCCAGAAACACUCUCCAGACUGGAUUACUCUAUGUAUACCUCUUUCUAUCAUUAUUACUGUACAGUAUUUACCUACAUAUGUUUGAUAUCAUAACUGUUAUUGUUCUGGAACAGAGGGACUGAAACAAAAGAUAUUUUUGAAAAGCUCAGAGCAUCUUGUAUAAAUUAAAUAGUAUUAUGUCUUCACAUGUUCUUCAAAUUCAAAAGUGUGUUGAAAAGAUACAAAUAUAGGCUACAGUUGAAGGGCAGAAGGUGAAUAGUACUAUCUUCCAUAGAUUUGCGUAUAUAUUUGUGACAUAAUUUUGUAUUAUACUGUAGAGUGCUUGAAUGUAGAUUCUCAGUUAAAGUAAAUGUCUUAUUGUAUUUUAUGAUGUGAACCUGAAAACUUUUAAGUGUAUUUAUGAUGUAUCUGUAUUUAUUUUCUGUGGAGUUUGCUGUAUUAAAAUAUUCAUUUA